GACAGCAGCCUUUACGCGGGCCCGCUCGGACAAGUCAAUCUUGGUCCAUUGGUUUUCGUGGUGCUAACUGCGUUUGGGUACCAUGGCUGCAUCUGUGUAUUUAAAAAAGUCUGCCCUUCUAACCUCGUACACCGUUAGGCUAGCGUCUCUGAGACAUGCGGCUGCUGCUGCUGCAGCUCCUGUUGGAACGAAAGGUGUUAAGAAGUUCGAAGUUUACAGAUGGGACCCUGAGAAGAAGGGCGACAAACCUCGUCUCCAGACAUUUGAAGUUGACCUGAACAAAUGCGGUCCUAUGGUUCUGGAUGCCCUAAUCAAGAUCAAGAACGAAAUUGACCCGACACUGACCUUCCGGAGGUCAUGCAGAGAAGGCAUCUGUGGCUCCUGUGCCAUGAACAUCAACGGCACCAAUACCCUGGCCUGCAUCUGCAAAAUUGAUGAGAACACUACAAAGUCUACUAAGAUCUACCCACUCCCCCACAUGUAUGUGGUCAAGGAUCUCGUUCCAGAUAUGCAGCUGUUCUAUGAGCAGUACAAGUCGGUGCAGCCUUGGCUGCAGAAAAAGUCUGCUGUCAAGAUUGGCGAGCACCAGAAUCUCCAGAGCAUUGCAGAUCGCAAGAAACUGGAUGGUCUAUACGAGUGCAUCCUGUGCGCCUGCUGCUCCACGUCGUGUCCCAGCUACUGGUGGAACAGCAACCGCUACAUGGGACCGGCCGCACUAAUGCAGGUCUAUCGCUGGGUCAUUGACUCGCGUGACGAAAACACCGUCGAGAGGCUGAAGCGCUUGGAGGACCCCUUCAGCAUGUACCGGUGCCACACCAUCAUGAACUGCACCCGGACCUGCCCCAAGGGACUGAACCCUGGCAAAGCCAUUGGUGAGCUCAAGAAGUUAGUCGGUGGGUUAGCACACAAGGCAAAACCAGAACUUACGGGCACCGCGUGAGCACUGCUGAUUGAUGCUUCGAUUAUGGUCUUCGACACACUCCUGCAAGAAUCUUUAAAGC